GGUAAGUGAUAUAGUAGGCACAUAUGAUAGACUAAGCUCUAGCCUGCUCAGAGUCCUUUUGUUCAACCUUACACAAUCUGCAGUUACUAUCGCGGUACGCCGCCACUUGGGAUCGACAUGGCGCUCAUGAGACUAUCUUUCUAUACAUUCGCAGGGAUCCUCUUGGUCGUUCUCUCGUUCUAUCUUGGCCCUUUUCUACAGCCAGCCGCUGAUGUCACCACAGUCCUGGGCAGAGAACUUGGCGGCACGUCUCACUUUGGCAGAAAUAUUAGUGAUGAUAAUGUCAAGCUCACUAAGCGGGUUUCAGACGCCGCCUAUAGCCGUGCAGUGACAAAGGGCAAUAGCCUAUACUGCCUUAUGGGCAUGACCGUGGCGCAGGCGACUGUGCACAACGGAGGCACAUCACUCGAGUCUGCGCUACAGGACGAUAUCUUUGAGUUAGAGGGCUGGCAAAGAUUCGAGUCCGACUCAACCCCCUACUUCGGAAACUAUCUUGAUGCGGCCUUUGCGGGGUUGGGGAUCACCAAGAACCUCUACACGUCCAACAAGAUCAACUCAGUGGAAGGAUCGAUCCACGAAGAUCUGGAACAGUUUGAAGACGACCCGAAGGAUGGCGUUCCAAGCGGAGCGCAAUUUAUGAAUGAUUUUAUUGUAGAUGCAGGCGUUAUCAUUGCAGAUAAGAACAAGAAUGUCAACAAUGCCAUGCAGGAGAAUUUCGGCAAAAACUGGGCCAGUAUCGGCCUCGUCGUGACCCAUAUCCGGCAGUGGUCCGACGCCGUCUUCUUGCAAUGGAUGGAGGCCUGUUCCUUCGGCAGUGGCAGCAUCAGCAACGUCAAGUACAUCUUCCGCUCCUGGAUCACCAACCAGGACACCCAGGAGAUUGUGUUCCAGGCGUUGACGACGGCCUUCGGCAGCAGCCCGACCAUAGGCACGUGGACCGCGCGGCUUUCGCUUACACAGGCCGAGCACCCGAACGAGUUUUUCGCCGUUCUUGGGAGCCCUAACGGCGCCGGUAGCGCUUACUUGCUUCUCACGCACAAAGAGAAACUCGGCGUUAAGACAAUCAACAAGGUCGACAUUUUCGUUCCCAAUAUCCCAUACACAAUCACGAGCACGACAGGCGGUGGGAUGGCCAGUGCUGCCAAGAUCAUGCUUCUAUUCUAUGUAGAGGCUCCAGUUAGCUAGAGACGAGGCGGAAAAGGCACCAAAGGGUAUGGUUUGUAGAUAGAGAUAUAUUUACUGGUUUGCGGUGGCCGAAGCAAUCUGCGCAUGUAGUAAAUAGUAUUAUAAAGACUGUUCUUAUAUAAUGCCUUGUUAUAGAAAUAUAAUAUAAUGUAUAGAGUACA